AUGUUACUUAAUGAAUCGCCAUAUGACAUAGAAUUUUUCUACAACUUUUACGUGAAAUUCCUUGCGGAAUUAUUGUUGUAUUUUAGGAAUUUCGCUCUUUAUAUAAGCUUAUGGCUGUUGGGCUAUGUGUUAGUGUGUUGUGUGGUGUAUCGACGGUAUGCAAGGCGGCUACCGACGAGGACUCGUGGAGCUUUAGGCGCGAAGAGAGUGUUGGUAGUGGUGGCUCACCCGGAUGACGAGUGCAUGUUUUUCGGGCCUACGAUCUUCAGAUUGUGCGAGCAAGGUGCUGACGUGCAUGUGCUGUGCUUAUCUAAUGGUAACUUUGAGGGCAAAGGCCGUUUAAGACAGAAAGAGCUAUGGGAUGCGUGCAAUGAGCUGGGUGUUCCAGAUGAGAACAUAUGUUUAAUUAACGAUGAUAGACUGCAGGACAAUCCGAAGAUCAACUGGCCAGUACCAGUGUUGGCUAAGCUAAUCCAUCACCAUUUAGAAUCAAUAGACAUAGAUACGCUUGUUACAUUUGACCGAGGAGGUGUCUCUGCACACGCCAACCACUCCGCUGUGUUCUAUGCUGUUGCUUAUAUGUUUGUUGAGAAGUUAAUACCACAAAGAUGUACUGUGUACACAUUGGAUUCAGUGAAUUUGUUCAGGAAAUACAUUGGAUUUCUUGACUUACCACUUAGUUUCUUACUGUCUUCUAAAAGAUACUUCCUACGCUGGACGGAAAGUCGUCGCAUAGUCCGAGCGAUGAAAAAGCAUCGUUCACAAAUGGUAUGGUUCCGGUAUCUCUACGUGUUUUUCUCAAGAUACAUGAUCAUAAACACGUUACGGAGAAUCAGUCUCGCUGACAUAGAGCUUGAAUUGGAAGUCGAUGAUUAA